CCUCAUCCUCAUCUACUUCUUCUACUUCCUUGCUUCUUUCGCAGGCCUUUCAUCCUCUGCUUCAUCUACUUUUCUACUAAAGAUCUUUAACGCUUAGUACCAUUCUUGAUCAAUCUAUCAUCAGGCUUUUAAGUCCUGCAACCCUCUGUCGCCCCUCCCCACUACACCCCCUCCCGUCCUUCAAGUGUCUUCUCUUAUAACCCCUCCGCCCACGUUGUCGAGCCAUCUCUCAACCUUCGGUGGCGCAAGAUGAAGCUCACGUUCAAGGACCUCAAACAACAAAAGUUUGUAAUCGAUGCAGAACCCUCAGAGACGGUCGGAGAAGUGAAGGAAAAAAUCUCUCAGGAGAAAGGAUGGGAAGUUGCCCAGUUGAAGCUCAUUUAUUCAGGAAAGAUCCUUCAAGAUGACAAGACCAUCGAGUCGUACAGCAUUGAGGAGAAAGGUUUUAUAGUGUGCAUGGUGUCCAAGCCCAAGCCUUCUGCCUCCGGCGCUUCUACACAAGCCCCUUCCACCCCUGCAAGAGUAGCUGCUUCGACGCCCGCUGCCCCCUCUGCCCCUGCUGCCCCUGCCCCGUCGGCAUCCACUGCUUCACCGGCAGCUCCCGCAACUCCUUCUCCGGCCGCCUCGGGAACUUCUCAGCCCGCCGGUCCCGCCUUCAAUGAUCCCUCAGCUCUGCUGCGUGGUGCCCAAAGCGAGGCAGUGGUGGCUCAGAUGGAAAGCAUGGGAUUCCCAAGAAGCGAUAUCAACCGUGCAAUGAGGGCUGCCUUCUUCAACCCUGACCGCGCCAUUGAGUACCUCCUGAACGGCAUUCCGGAUAACAUCCAGGAGGAGCAACAGCAGCAAGCCGCCGCCGCAAGCGCACCCCAAACGUCCGCGUCUCCUGCAGAAGAAAGUGCCCCGGCCCCGGUUGGUGACGAACAUGUUAACCUGUUCGAAGCUGCCGCUCAGGCUGGAGGUCAGGAAGGCGGCACUCGAGGUGCCCGCCCGGGAGCUGGGUCUGGCGAAGGCCUUCCCAGCCUCGAUUUCCUCCGGAAUAACCCUCACUUCCAGCAACUCCGUCAGCUAGUCCAGCAACAACCGCAGAUGCUCGAGCCUAUCCUGCAACAAGUUGCUACUGGCAAUCCUCAAAUUGCGCAGCUCAUUGGUCAGAACGAGGAGCAGUUUCUCCAAUUGUUGAGCGAGGAGGACGACGCGGCUCUCCCCCCCGGCACGCAUCAGAUCCACGUCACAGAAGAAGAACGGGACGCCAUUGAACGCCUCUGUCGACUUGGAUUUUCUCGGGAUCUCGUCAUCCAGGCCUACUUCGCUUGCGACAAGAACGAAGAGCUCGCUGCUAAUUAUCUGUUCGAGAACCCGGACGACCCUGAUGAUCUAUGAUUCCACUCCUAUUCUUAUGUUUCGAUCUAGCUGAACAUCCUACCAAUGGAUGCUGCUCUUCCCUAUUGAUCUCUCAUCUUCUCUGAUAAUGAACGUCGUGAUGUGUCCCUCUUAUUAUACUCUUGCAAUAAUUACUCACAAGGGCGACUAUGUAGAAUAGAUCGCUGUCAAGCCCAAGUCUGCCCGGGAGCUCGUACCGUCCCGCGCAAGCCUCCUAGCCGGCGGAUGCCUCGUAACAUCUUAUUCCUCUUUGCUUCUCUUCUUUCUUCUCUGCCUCUACUGGGCAUGUCUUUAUAUUCUUCCGUUGCUUCAUGUUCUAUUUAGGAGCUCGUACUCAAGCUUAUACGUCUUCU